GCGUACAUUUUACAUUUAUGUACUAUGAAAGAGAAUGCAUUCAUCCACAAUUUCAACAUGAACAAAAGAAAAUAAAACGCAUACGCAUACACACACGCACACAACAAUAAACAUUUGAGUCACCAUCGCACACAGUUCAUUUCUAACACCAACAACAACGAGAACCUGUUCGUAUUGUGUCUAUGGCUGCACAUUCGCACAUAUCUGUGCAUACAACAAGCAAACGCAUUUGUGUUGGUAAGGUUGAGAUAAUGUCAGACGACGCUUGUGUGCGAGCAAACACACAACUUGUACAGUACACAUAACACCCAAGUGCACACAGCCAUUCAGUUAUCCGUAAACAGUUGAUCGGCAAUGACAUACGUCUUUUCGGCGGUGUUUAUCAAAAUUUCAAGUUAUCGAACAUAUAGUGAGUGGCCGAAAAAUAUGUGAUUUCGUCAAGCUGAAGUAAAUUUGUAGUAAAUACUUGAACAAAACAAAAAAAACGAAAAUAUAAUAUAAUCAAAGAAAAUAUAAAAUAUUAAUUGAAAUAAAAAAAAAGAAAUAUUAGCUGAAAAAUUGUUUUGUGGAUCAAAUGUUGUUUGAGUUUUGUGAACAAUUGAAGAGUACGAAAAAAAAGUAAAAAUCAAAAUUGGUAAACAAAUUUUUCUGCGACAUAAAUUGAUACAAAAAAGGCUUCGAUCAGUGUUUUAGUUUGGUGAAAAUAAAUUAGUAAACAAAAUUUUUGCGUUACACACAAUCACUUUCCUCAUGAUGGAGGAUGCACCGCUCAUGCAAACUGAGCUGCCCAGCAUGAUAGGUGGCGGACUUGUAAAUGGAAUGAGCAUCGGUAUUAGUAAUGGCGGCGGUUCAAUUUCACAUCGACCACAUCGACAACAUUUUCACCAUCAUCGUUACGGUCCAUAUCCAUUACAUCGGCCACAUUUACAACCUGUAUUUUUUCAUUCGAAUCAACAGCAACGACACAUUGGACUGAGUCAUCAACCGCAGCAAUCUCAACAAACCACAUCUUCGUCAUCAUCAUCAUCGUCAUUGGUGCAUUCACAAAAGCUCAUCGAUUCAACGAAUAUUGCGUCGGAGGAGCAAAAUGAACCAGAGGGAACACAUAUUACCCACUUGUAUCCGGAAAUUUUAACGCAAAUUUUUUCGAAACUAAGCGUACGCGAUCGAGGCCGAGCCGCUCAAGUAUGCACAGCAUGGCGUGAUGCUGCAUAUGAAAAACGUGUAUGGAAAGGUGUUGAAGCUCGAUUACACUUACGACAAAAGAAUAACAAUUUAUUCACAUCAUUGCAACGACGUGGUAUUCGCAAGGUCCAGGUGCUAUCGCUUCACCGAACAAUAAAAGAUGUUAUCUCCGGUGUACCCAAUUUAGAGACGUUGAAUUUAAGCGGCUGCUAUAGCAUUACUGAUUCAAAUCUAUGCAAAGCAUUUAACCAAGAUUUGCCGAAUUUAAAAAUUCUCAAUUUGUCACUGUGUAAACAAAUCACCGAUACAAGCCUCAAUCGAAUAGCAUACCAUUUGAAAAAUCUAGAAAUCUUAGACCUGGGAGGUUGUUGUAACUUAACAAAUGCAUCAUUGUCCGCCAUUGCCAUAAAACUGAAGAAAUUACAACGAUUAAAUCUACGAUCAUGUUGGCAAAUUACCGACCAGGGAAUUUGCCAAUUGGCCGGUUUGAAUAAAGAUAAAACAGCCGUCGCAUCACCAUCCGAUCAAUCGCUUACAUUGAAAUAUCUUGGUCUACAGGAUUGUCCACGUCUUACCGAUGAAUCGUUGAAAUACAUUUCACAAGGUCUCCCAACCGUUGAAUCGAUUAACUUAAGCUUCUGUGUAUCAGUUACCGAUAGCGGCUUAAAGUACCUAGCGCGCAUGCCAAAUCUAAAGGAGCUCGAUCUACGAGCAUGUGAUAAUAUAUCAGACAUUGGUAUGGCUUAUUUAACUGAAGGUGGAUGCACGGUUACCUCCCUCGACGUAAGUUUCUGUGAUAAAAUUGGUGAUCAAGCAUUGAAUCAUCUAUCACAGGGUCUGUUUCAUAUGAAUUCGCUAAGUUUAAAUCAUUGUCAAAUCACCGAUGAAGGUCUUAUGCGCAUUGCCAAGAACUUACUUGAUUUGGAAACACUUAACAUCGGCCAAUGCGAUAAGGUCACCGAUAAAGGACUACAAUCAUUAGCAGAAUAUCUACACAAUUUGCAUUCCAUCGAUUUGUACGGAUGCACUCAACUCUCGCAAAUGGGCUUGGAUGCGAUCAUGAAAUUACCAAAGUUGACAAGAGUGAAUUUUAGCCUGUGGCUUGUAAGGUGAUGGAGAUCUGGAAUUUUUUAAAUGAAAUUCAUUUAACUCAGUUAAGUGAGACCUUGUCUCUUUGUUUGUAACCAAAAUCGAAAGUUAUAUUUUUGGUCGAUGUGCGGUUUCAACAAUAGGUCUCAGCGGAAGCAAAGACAAAAUGAGAUGAAACGUCGUCAUUUCGCAAAAAAAAAAAUUAUAGUUCUGUAAAAUUUAUUACAUUCAUCUUGAUUCGGCUGUUUAAGGCUAUGUGCCAUCUGAACGUUAUCAGAUAGAAAUUAUGCAAUAUUCUAUGCAACAUUGCAAUAGAAAUAUAAAACUUAACGCUCUUCUCUCAUACGUAUUUCAUCUAUAUAAAUAAAAUAUCCGAUUUCCAAACAAGGUUUUUGGAUGAUCCAUUAUUCCAUUCCAAUAUUCCUAAUUCAUACAUAUUACGUAUGUCAAUAUGUUAUUAAAAUUGAUUAUUGAUUCAGAUUCGGACAUAAUUUUCUUUUCAAUUGCAAGACAAAGCUAAUAAAUAGUAAGAUUUGGCGAAUUUAAUUCAAAAUAGAUAAAAUGAACUAUACAAUACAAACAAGAAACAAAACUGGAAACCAAUUCAACUUAAAGAGCAACACAGCCAUUUGCAUUGUUCCAAUACAAUUCAAACAACUUAAUUAACGCCGCACUUUCGUGUUUUUUUUUUUGUUUCAUUGUUACCUGAAUGUUAUUUUUUUAUAUUUAAAUCAUGAAAAUACAAAAGCGAGAAAGAAAAAUAAAACAAUAGUCAACUGAAUGAUAGAAAUAAGAUUGGCUUUGCUUUCAGUUUCAUUCAUUUAUGAGUACAUUGUAUACAAUAUCAAGUAAAAUGCAAAUCAUUAUAAAAAUGUAUUCCCUUGCAAAUACAAAUCAAUGAAAAAAAAAAAUGAAAACAAAACCAAGAACAACCUAAAACUAAGCAAUAGAAAUAAUAAUAAAAUUGUUCAAUUAAAUUCGUAAAGCGUUACAGAACUGGUUCUGUAUAACUGCAUUGAACAAAUAUUUGAAAAUAAUCAUGAAAGAAAAAAAUAUUUAAAUCACUAAUACAACAUUUAGGAAGAUUAGCUUUUUUUCAAAUUCUUUUAUGUUUCUACAAAAAAAAAAUGUUUAAAAAUGUACAUUUCCUUCUGCUGAUGUUUUUUUUUAAAUCAAAUAUUCUUUUUUAUAAUUGUAUUAAGAAACGUUAAUUUCGUUUACUUUGGUUUAUAUUUGGAUUUAUUGAAAAUUAAUUUGAAGGUUCUACUAUUUUUGUUUUAGAUUUUUUUAUGAUAUACAAGUUCAAAAUGUAUGUUUUCAUUUGAUAUUAUUAGAUAAAAAAAAAUCUGAAAAAACCACAUGUUUACGAAAUUUUUUUACUGAAAAUGUGAGUGAUAAAUACAAAGAGACGGAGUGGAAGAAAAAGAGACAAAACACGACUAAAUCAAACCAAAAGUUGAAAAUUAUAUUAUAUACAAAUUAAAUUGAUUGCAUUUGAAAAUGAAGAAAAAAUAAAAUAAACAAACACAUUGUUUUUGCGUUAAGAAUUUUUGUAUAGACGAUUUCCAACAUUAGAGAAAAUGAAAUUAUAGUUUUAUGUUAAAAGAAUGAAAUGUUGGAAGAACGAAAGAGGAAAGACAGAAGACGAAAUGUCACAAAUAUGUGUAUUGUAUAUAUAUUUUUACCUAAAAACAUUGUCAUUUUUGUUUUCAACAAAAUGCAAUUGCAACAAAAAUAAGGAACAACUUUUUUUUAUGUUUAUUGCUAAAAACUAUUCUACGAUUAUUAUUACGAUUAU